AUGUCUGAAGCCGUUCAAAAACAAUACAUUUCUUACAAUAACGUACAUCAGUUGUGUCAAUCUUCUGCCACUAAAAUUAAAGAGUUUAAGCCAGAUUUAAUCAUCGCUAUUGGUGGUGGUGGUUUCAUUCCAGCUAGAAUUUUAAGAACUUUCUUAAAGGAAGAAGAUGGGCCAACUAUUAGAAUUUUUGCCAUUAUUUUAUCUUUGUACGAAAGGAUCGCUGGUUCCGAUGUCGAAGAAGCUGGCGUUAAGGUCAACAGAACUCAAUGGAUUGAUUAUGAACAAUGUAAGUUAGACUUAGUUGGUAAGAACGUUUUGAUCGUGGACGAAGUCGAUGACACACGUACCACUCUACAUUAUGCCUUAAAUGAAUUACAAAAGGAUGCUAAUGACCAAGCUGCUGCAAAGGGUUUAAACCCUGAAGAACCAGCCAACAAAACUACAUUUGGUAUCUUCGUUCUACACAACAAACUGAAGCCAAAGAAGGCCGAUCUACCAGAAGAUAUGAUUAAGGAUGAAAAACGUUACUUUGCAGCCAGACAUGUUCCAGAUCAUUGGUUAGCUUAUCCAUGGGAAUCAACUGACAUCGUUUACCAUACCAAGAUGGCAAUAGAACAAGGUAACGACGUAUUUUUACCAUAA